AUGAAUCCAUUCACGGAAUCCACUCACUCUGCUCCAGGGCCCACGGGCGGAAGAAAUCCUCCACACUCUUGCCAUUCUCCCCAUCAUUCCGGCCGUCCACGUAUCCCAGCCCGCCUCAGUUCCGAGGACACACUCAGCGCUCGUACACGGUUGCAGCCAGUCGUAAAGUUUCCCGGUCAUAUGACCUCCCCCCAGCCCCUCUAUCUCUUGCCAUCUCCGCGCCUGUCACUUCCCACUUCUGGCCACUGCAUGCCUGUUGUGUGUCUGUCAGGCAAGCUCCUUCUGGCCUUCAUGUCCGCUACCUUCUGCCCUUCUGCCUCGGCACCUAAACACAAUUCUCCGGCUCAACGCAUGUACAUGUGCAUCUUGGGGUCAUCUUUCCCCUCUCAACCCUCGUUUGUCUAUGCCUCUGCCCCAAAUCGAUAUGUACUUGGGCGUCUGGUGGUCAUGAGGCCGUCCGACUGCGGGUUCCGGUGGAACGAUAGGCUCAAUGAGGUGAAGAGGUCUCCGUCACUAUGGCUUGUCGUAUAG